CAGCCCCACCGUGUUUCCCAGGCUGCUCUCUGGGAUGCAGGCAGGAAGGCUGAGUGCGUUACACUGGCCCCACCUCCUGAAGCUCUCUCUGCAGCUACUGGACUGGACACAAAAGUGUGAGGGACAGAGACACUGUCUCUGCUGAUUUGUACCAAACUCUGGCUCCCGUUGCUAAGAGGCCACAUGUGACAGAAGCCAGGGUAGGGGCCCACGCUGCUGUCUGCAUUUCCCAGGUGUCGUGAGCCAAGCAAAGGUCCUGUCUAGGAGGAGCGGGACUAGCGGUGCCUGAACAUCAUGGCCCAGGUGGACCCCCAGGACAGGUGGGACGAGGUGUCUCCUCUCUGCAGCUUGACUGAGGACCCCCGGAUGCCGAGCGUUAACUUAGGGAGUGAGGAUGAGGAUGGAGGGGAGACAGGAGACCAAGGAGGCACUGGUGACCCGGAUCAUCAGGCCCGUUCAAAGGGCAGCUCCCAAGUGACUCAGGACAAUCCUGACUCGCGGUGGCAGCAUCCACCUGGCCAGAAGGAAGAGAAAGUGUCUGACUCUUUUAGAGCUGGGAGUGUGGGGAAGAAACCUAUGGCGACGCCUGGAAAGAAGGCCAGCUGGGGAAGAGAUGAGUCAAAGAUCACGCAGACCCAGGACUCACCCGAAGCAAGCACAGCUCCAGGUGUCCUCCCCAGCGGCCUCUCGCACAAGUUGUUAGGUCAGAGGCAACCUCCUGGGGUCUCAUUACCUGCAGGUGAUGAUGGAGACUCCAGGGCAAACCUGGAAGCCGCCUUGGGUGUCCCAUCCAGCUUCUCUGGUCCUGGAAGCUAUUUCCGUGCACAGAAAGGUGUAGACAGGGCCUCAAACAACUCCUCCCUGGCGUGUUUCCCCAAGCUGGGGGGCAGUUGGGACCUCCCCACGCAAGAGACACGCACGCCAGCGCAGGGGUCGGCCACCGCCGCCAGGUUGGCAGAGGCGGUGCUGGCGAAAGCGCGCACAGGCCAAAAGGGCCAGCACCCAGCGGGCGCGGGGGAGGGCGGGCAGGAGGAGGUGCGUCCCAACAAGUGCAGGCGAGCUGGGCGGGCCUUCCAGAAGCCCAGCAACCGGCUGAGCCCGGCGCAGACAAGGGGCGCCAAGCCUUACGCGUGCGAGCUGUGCGGGAAGGCCUACUCCCACCGGGGCACGCUCCAGCAGCACCGGCGCCUGCACACGGGCGAGCGGCCCUACCGGUGCCCUUUCUGCGACAAGGCCUACACCUGGUCCUCCGACCACCGCAAGCACAUCCGCACCCACACAGGCGAGAAGCCCUACCCGUGCCCGGACUGCGGGAAGGCCUUCGUGCGCUCCUCGGAUCUGCGCAAACACCAGCGCAACAUGCACAGCAACAACAAGCCCUUCCCGUGCGCCGAGUGCGGCCUGACCUUCAACAAGCCGCUGUCGCUGCUGCGCCACCAGCGCACGCACCUGGGCGAGAAGCCCUUCCGGUGCCCGGCCUGCGACAGGGAGUUCGCCGUGGCCAGCCGGAUGAUGGAGCACCAGCGUGUGCACUCCGGCGAGCGGCCCUUCCCCUGCCCCACCUGCGGCAAGUGCUUCACCAAAUCCUCCAACCUGAUGGAGCACCAGACGCUGCACACCGGCCAGAGGCCCUUCAAGUGCGCCGACUGCGGCGUGGCCUUCGCGCAGCCCUCGCGCCUCGUGCGCCACCAGCGCAUCCACACCGGUGAGCGGCCCUUCCCUUGCGCGCAGUGCGGCCAGGCCUUUGCCCGCUCCUCCACCCUGAAGCGGCACCAACAGAUCCACUCCGGGGAGAAGGGCUUCCUCUGUGCCGAGUGUGGCAGGGCCUUCCGCAUUGCCUCCGAGCUGGCCCAGCACAUUCGGGUGCACAACGGGGAGAGGCCCUACCAGUGUGAGGACUGCGGCCAGGCCUUCACCCGGUCCAAUCACCUCCAACGACACCGGGCCAAGCACCACGCCUGCAAGAAGGAGCCCAACCCCUCCUCCUCUGACGAGUGAGGGCUUUUUCAGUUAACUCUCAGGGAGGGCGAAGACGCCGUCCACCUCAUCGCUUAGAAUCCUCCCCCGUGGGCCAGCCCACUCACGUGGUAUUGUCAGCCUUCAGCGGGUCGCAGGCCAUGGGGUGGCGCAUUUGAUUUGUGUCUGUGAUCCCUUGUGUAGCAAGUACCUGGAGGGAAAGAACUCAGGUGUGUGGUUUCAUAUCAGUCUUUCUUCUGCAUCUCAGAGGUUGUAUUCAUUUGGAAAAGGAUAAGAUAAAGUAGUGAGGGCUGGUCAAGAGUUGCGUUCCUUGGUUGCUCGGAAGCUAUAGAAGUAUGUGUGGGCACUAUGCAGGGUUCCAGGGAUACCGGAAGGGAAAGGACUGUCCUGUCUUGCCCUCAAAGCCACAUGAGGAUCCUGAGAAGAAGGCAUCUGGGGCUGGUCCUCUUUAGAGAAGGGUACUCUUCAGUUUUCUGGAAAGAAAGAAAUCCCCAGAAGUGGUCUCUGUAAGGGAUUAUUCCAAAGCGACAAAGCAUGCCUGGGGGUAACUAAGGAAACCCAGCAGAGAGCCCAUCGUUACACUUUCCUGCUGAAACGACUUUACCCUGGGGGAAUGUCUUUGUGAGUCUUGGCUUUGAAUGGCUUGACUUACAGAGAGGAAGGGGUGAGGGGAGUUCAUGCCCUGUGUUUAGGAACCAGCUAUUCUAGAAGUCCAGAGCGGCCUUAGCUUCUGAAAAAGAAGUGCAUUCCUCUUUACAGUGGAACUUCGUAACUGGAUCUAAGCUGAGUCUCACCUACAGAAUUCACUCGUGCCUCCUGUUUGGCCACAUCUUUUCCUGUUCCCACCCUGGGAGCUUAAAUCGUAUGUAGUAUUUACAGAGGAGUCUGCCCCUGGACAGAGAGAGAGAGAAACUUUCUCCCUGUGGGCCUGAUGGUUCAGGAAGCCUUUUAGGUUCAUUUAAAUUUGCCAGGAUCAUGAGCUCUGAUUUGAAGUAAAUAAAAAAGUACCACUUGCCGAAGUGCCAAUUAGCUGUGUUUCAGAGUCAUUAAAACCAGAUUUGAAAAUGUACAUGACACAGUUAUUCUCUAAUGAGAUUAUCUGAAAUUGGCAUUACCAACAGCCCUUCUUCAAAAUGUAUCGAUACAUACAUUGAUUUUGUCUAGUUUAAAGUCAGUAGUUCUUAUCUCUGGACCUCAACUGUGAGGAAUCCAUGGCUUCUCAGAGUUCCCUUGAUGCACGGGGGGCAAACAGCACUUCUCAUCUCGCCAAAGAUAAAUACGACAAUCCACAAGAAAGUGUAGUACUCUCUUUUUGAGGAUAUCUUUAGUAUAUUCCAAAAAUUGCCACCAAAGGGUGCCCAAUCUGAAUUUUUCUUGGUUUCUACCUGAUUUGGACUCAGGGAGUGACUGCUAAACAGCAUUCUCAUGUGUGACACAUGGGGCCCGAAGAGAAGUGAUAUUAUCGUCAUGGCUUAUUUGACAGAGGUAACUAGAGCUCUGACCGCCUGCCUGGAGCUUUUGUGUGUUAACUCGCUUCGAGACCUCUGCGUGUCCCAAUGACAGAGUUAGCUGUUCUCGGUCUCGCACCAGAGCCAGAGCUUGGGAUCUUAGUUCAUCCCCAGCAUUUACCAGUGAUGUGACCUUGGCUUCUGCUUCUGCAUCUGCGCUGGCAGAAUAAUAAUAAUGAGGUCAUAAAAGUGGGAGUCAUCCUACCAGGGGAGGAACUUUGGCUGAAUGCAAAGGCAUUAAACUGGUAGAGAAGUCAUAAAAUUCCUCUAUAACCUUGGGACUAUGAACAGAGUAAAGGCCAGUAUAUUUUUUUCUGGGUAGUCAAUGAAAUAUUUGAAGAUUGAAGUUAUUAUUCCUUUUCUUUGUAUUGUUUUUUCUUAAGAUGGUUGUUAGUACAGUUUUUACUAAUUAAAAAAUUUGGUUUGGUUCUAUAAUUUCUUAAGGUAGUUGUUCCCCAAACCAGUUGAUAGAAUGGCUGAAGAGAAAUCACCUGGGCUGUUUGUUAACCAUGCAACUUGCUGAAUCCUAGCCUGGAAUAUUGAGACAGGUGUGCACUGCAUCUUGGGAUGUAGUUUUUAAAGCACAGCCAAGUUGGGGCCACUGGUAUAAUUAAUAUAUUGGGGUUGGUGAUGAUUAAAUGUUAUCAUUUGGUAAACAGAUAAUAGAGGAAUAAGAAGCAGGCAGUCUGGAUGAGAUCCCAAUAGAACUAGGCUGAAAAUAAGCACAAGCUGCUAGAACACCUCCUGACUUGGAUAUGGUGGGUGCAAACUAGCAAGCAGGUUGUGGAGUGUCCCGUCAUCUCAUUUCUGCGGGUGAGAUGCAGUGUCUAGGUGGGCACAGCUUUGGGGAGAGAGUGAGAACACUUCUCGCUAAUAGGCAGAAUAACUGGAUUCACUUGUUCUGGGUAUCUUCAGAGCUGUAUGUAUUAUUUCUGGAAUAUAAGGCGAUACAGUAUACUGAAUAUUAAUGUUGUAUACCGAAGAGAAGUUCAUCAGUCCUUCAAUGCUUACCAUGUAAACAAGUCAUAUAUUAAGGAAAAUUUGUCCUAACCAGUCUUUUCUCACAUCAGCUGCAAGGGUCAUGCUGAGUAGGUAUUGUAGGGGAAAGCAAUCCCAUUAUUGUAGUCACAGGUCACUGGACCAUUCCGUGGUGGAGAAGUGGAAGGUAAUACAUGGAGUGGACAACAGAGAAGUCAACCAGCUGCAACGUGGCUUGACACAAAUUCUGCCCAAUAGAGUCUGUCUAUCCAAGGUAGAGGCAAUUGAAUCCUCUCUUUGCAGAAGAGUCAAUGCUACAACACAGGUUAGUCUGGCUCAGAUUGUUGCCCCAAGUGAUGCUGAGCUAUUUUUCUUGUUUUCUAUAAACCCGCUGCAUAUCGCAUCUUAUUUGCCCCUUAUGCAAUUAAAAUUGGAGCAGGGUGUUCUUUAAAUUCUUUCUCUCUGGACUAGUGCUGUUUCCACAGUUUAGUUUGCCAAAAUUAAUUUGGAUAUACCCAGUAAAAACGUUCAUUUAUAAGUUUCCGCUUAAUAAAAAUUCUCCUAAUGUAUUUACCAGAGCCUGCAGCCAUCACAAGCCAUGUCCUUUAGACAAUAAAGGUAACGGCUAACACUCACAUAGUGAUCAGUGUGCCAGGAAGUGUUCUAAGUGUUUCACAUAUAUUAAUGAUUUAAUUUUUAAAGUAAACCUAUGGUGAUUAUCCGUAUUUUUAAGAUGAGGAAAUCAAGAGACAAAAAAGUUAUCUUCCCCAAGAUAUCAUAGCUGCAAAGUAGCAUAUAAUGAUUUGACACUUAGGCAUGCUGGCUCCAGAGACUGCGUUCUUAACCACAAGGCUAACUGCUUCUGGUUGGUAUAGAGGAAUACUCUGAAAUUCUUGAUGAUACGCAUUUUAAAAGUGCAUGAUCAUAAAUUCAAGAAAAGACUAAAGGUUGAAACAGCAGAGCAGAAACCAUGGUGUGACUCUAGGAAGAAGACCUGUGAAUUACUUAAGAAUGGGUCUGGGGGAGCCUGGGUUGGCAGCUAUUAAUCAUUCAUUCCUUGGCAAAACUGUCAAUAAGCUGGCCAGGAGGAAGGACUUGGAAUUAAAGAAUGAUGGUUCCUUGAAGGGCAGCCAUUGUUUCAUCUCUCUGACUAAAGAAACAGUCUGUGCCUGUGCUGGACACAGAAAAAUGCACCAGCAUUGAAUUUUGACAUACAACAUUUACACAACAAUUUAUAAACCAAAUGCAUGCGUAUUGAACAGCUAUAUUACCCCUGAUAUGAACACAAUAUAUCAUCCAGGAUUUCCAACUAGGACUUCGAAAAAUCUUACUUGGAAGGAAAUUUUGUGUAAAGCCUCAACUUAAUUGCUAGAAUACUCAAGCAGACGUCAUUGCUAGACUCAGACUAAACUAUGAACUACAAACUCAAUGACCCAUGAAAAUAUUGCCAAAGAUGGAAUGACUCAAUGUUUCAUAAACCAGAAAAGGGUAUCUUUUUAAAGUUGAGAAGGAAGCUCAUUUUUGACAUCAAUCACCUCUCUCCAUUCUGCAUAAAACCAUGCCGGUACAAUUAAAAUUUUUCCACUAUGGCUGGAGAAUAUUUUUUCUCGUGCUCUCCUCCUUGUUUUCUCCUUAACCAGCCUCAGUCAAGUUGGCUCAGGGUUUUACCAUCUCAGGAGUGUCAGGCACUCAAUAGAUGGGCUCAAUGAAUGAAUAGAGCGUCUAUAAAAACUUAAGCUAUAAUUAAGAUUUACAGAAAAACAGGCCUCUUCCAUAAGGCAAAGACAAUGUGGUGGAGGACAAAGACAAGAAGGGAAGAAGGAUCCUAUGCGGUAGCUCAGAUGAAGUCAAGGGCAAGUGGGGAUGGUAGAUAAAAUGAGGAGAUGCCUGAGAUUUCGGAGGUGGAGUCAAUUAGGCUUGAUGAUGGGAUAUUAACAGCUACCAUUUAGUGAUCACUUUUUAGGGAGCAGGCACUAUAGUCAUUAUCUCAAUUAAUUCUUACAACAAUCUGUUAUGGGAGACUAUUCAAAAAUAUUCCCACGUGGGGUCUGCUACAAUUUUCCUUUCCAGGAAAGCAGAUAAGAUUAAUCGAUGGUGGCUCAUGUCUGUUAUUGUUAAGCAAGGGUCAGUAAGGUCUUUGUGCCCCUUCUAAGAAAUAAGCUGCAGAUCUACAACAGGAGAAUAUGUAGCAAAUCCCCUGCCUUUUGGUUUAGAAAUUACGCUUGCUUACAAUUUUAUUUUCCAUAAUUGUGGUGGUUUAGAAAAUAUACUUACAUAAAUGUCCAUCAAUGGAUGAGGGGGUAAAGAAGAUGUGAUAUAUAU